AUGAUUACAAAGGUGAAAUUGAAAAUUCUUUUGAAAAGCUUCUUUACUUUUUAUCAAUUAUUGAUCGUCAUCCCUUUGAUUGAACAUUUGGACACUCAUUUAUUUAAAAAUGAAGAUUUAUUGAUUGGAAUAGUAACUUUGAUUCCACUAACUCUUUGCUAUAUUUUCUUUUUCCUUAUUCACAGAAACUAUCUAUUGCCCUAGAAAAACAUAUAUCUGAGACGUUAUUCAUAUUAUAAUAUCUUGCUGAUUGUAUUCGAUAUUUCAAUUAUGAUAGCUAUCUAAAUAGUUGAUGAAUUAAUUUCAUCAAUCCUGAUAAUAUUUAUGUCUCUUCUUUUAAUCAUAGAUUCAUUCAUAAUUCAACCUUAUUCCUAUUAAGUUAAUUUGAAAUACAUAAGUGCGACCUCAUUUACAUUUUGUGUUUCUACUAUUAAAAUAUUGUCAUUUAAGAUAUCAUAAGAAGAGACCUUUUAUUGCUUCAUCAUCUUAAUCCCAUUGAUAACAAUUAUUUUUACUCAAGUUUUUUAAAGAUUAGUGAAUAAUUAGAUUUUUGAACAUCAAUUAGGAUUAGCAAAAUUAUUAGCAAUAAUAGAUUUGAUUAAUGAUAAAAAAACAAAUCAUUUUUAAAUGAUUUCGAUAAUAAAUCAUAUUAAAAAACAAUAUAAAAUUAUGAUUGAUAGUGAUAAUAUUUAUGUGAAGAUUCAAUAAACAGUAAUUUAACUUUUUGAUAUUGUAAUUGCUCAAGUAAAAGUUCAAGAUUCUACAAUUUUAGAAUAGAUAUAACUUUAUAAAAUCCUUUAUAUCACAAACACUUGCAAAAGAGUAUCAUUAGGAUACAUAGAAUUGAAAAUAUUUAUAGCUGCUUCAUAAAGGCAAAGUGUCUAUUUUUCAAUAAUAUCAAAUUUAUUAUAAGAGAAAAUGUCAAAGAGAAAAAAAUAAGUUAAUGAUUAAGACAAAAGGUUAUCAUUAAUAGAUAUUCGAAAGGCAGAACUAAUGUAUGAAGAUUCUAUAAAUUUUUUUGUUAAUAUAUUAGAUAUGAAAAUUAAAUUUUGGAUUGAUUUAGAAAAGGGUUAUUAAAGAAUAGAGGAAUUUGCAUUAAGUGCUUAUAAUCUUAGUGAAAAGAUAUGGUAUAUUAGAGAUUUCUUUUUUUAAUAAUUUUCAAUUGAACCUAUGAAGUUGUAAUCUCGAUUAACACACUUCAACAUACUUGAAUUAAAGCUUUUGGCAAUUCUAUAUUCAGCAAUUCUAAAUGAUUAUCAUGCAACAUUAAAUAUUGAAUAAAAAAUAGAUGAAAUUUUAUAGAAUGAGAAAAACUCAUAAAAUGAAUAUAUAAACAACAUCACUUUAAUAAAUGAAGAUUUAGUAAUGAUGGCAGUAAGUUUUGUAAAAUAAAAGAACUAAAUUUUGAAUAAAAAUAGAGGUUAGAUAGCUAAAUUUUUUGGGUAUGAGAAUGAGAAGGAUUUUAUGAAUAUUAUUUCUAUUGAGCAAUUAAUGCCUCAAUAUAUAUAACAAUAUCAUGAGACUCUUUUAAAAAAGUAUUUGAAAAAAGGAUAUUCAACAUUCUUUGAUUAAUCCAAAGAAGUUUAUAUUAAAAUGAAAACUAAUUUUAUUCAAGCAGUAAACAUGAAUUUAUUACAUAUGUAUGAGUAAGAUUCAGAUUAUAUUAUAACUGGAGCUCUCUAAAAAGUAAAAUAGAUGUAUGAUUUUAUUAUUUUUGAUCGAAAAGGUAAGAUAUUAGGUAUUAGUGAAUAAAUCUUUAAAAUUUUGGGUUCAGGGUUUAGUAUUGAAUAAUUAUUAAAUAAAGGUUAUAUAUAUUUUUGGAUCCCUAAUGUAUUUGAAAUAAUAUCAGAAGAGAAAGGUCAAUUAUUGGAAUCAUCAGAUAUGUAAUCAAGAAGCAUGCUAAAAUAAUAAUUAUUAUUCUCAAUUAAUAAUUUUAAUUAGCUUUGUUAAGAUCAUGAAUUAAGUAGAACUAAUAGUACUGUUAAAAAUAAAGAAUCUUAAAAAUUUUAUACAGAAUUAAAUGAGACAGAAUAAAUGAUAUCAGUUGGAAAUGUCAAUUCUAUUCAUUUUCUAAAAGAUUAAAAUGUUUCAUUAAUAAAUGAAUUCUUAAUUAAAUAUAAUUAAAGUAAAUAUGUAGAUUAAGAUAAUUUAUAUUCAAUGAAAUAUUCUAUAUCUUUUAAUGUAAUAGGAGGUGAUAUAUUACCACAAUUUGUGAUAUAAAUUAAUGAAAUUGAAAAAGUCAAUCCAAAAAAAUAAGGAUAAACAUUUUCAAUGAGCUUUUAUAGUACUAUAAAAAAAAGUACAAUCAAUGAUAAAAUAACAGAGAGUUGUUUUGUUUUGGAACAUGAAAUGAAUGAUAAUAAUUAGAAUCUUUAUAUAAAUCCUCCUGUAAUCAAUAAAAUGAGUAGAAUAUAAGAUUCUAAAAUAGAAGACAGUUCAAAUAAAUAUCCAAUUUAUAAUUAAAGUAAUGAACAAUUUAAAUUAAUAUCUCCAAGAGGAAAUAAAGAAAUCUUAAUUGGAAUUGAUGACUAUGAAGAUGAGGAUGAUGAUUAAAAAUUUUAAGAUGCCCCUAAAAGUAGUUCUUAAUAACAUAACAAUUAACCUGAUGUAGUUUAAGCUAUUCAGCAAUACAAAGAAUUAGAUUAAGAAUUUAAAGAAAAUGCAAAAUAAUCUUAGUCAAGUGGAACUUCAGAUAGAACUUAAAUGUCUGUUUUUAAUAUUCUAAAAAAUUUACAAUAUUCUCAAAGAUAUUAAACAACUCUAAUUAAAGUUUUUAUAAACACUUUAUUUCUUUUUACAAUACUUUUAUUUUUAAUUGUUCUUUAAUUAGUUAUAUCAAGAAGUAAUACAAAUAAUUUACAAUAUCAAAUUCCACUUGUUGGAUUACCUGAUGAAUUUAGUAGAAUUUAUAAUACAUUUACUAUUCUUGGUUAAAUGGAUAUAGAAAUUAAGAUUUUGAAUAUGACACAUGGAGACUAUUAUGAUCAUCGUAUAGAAUAAGAUAGUAGUAUUUUAAGGGAAAAACUGUUGGUUUUAAUUGUAGAAAUUGAAAAAGAGUUUUCCAAAUUGGAAUAAUAAGGUAAGUUAAAUUAAGCUUAAAUUAAGAUAGUUAGCUAAUAUAGUUUUGAUUAAUUUAAUAUUUCAAUUUUAUAAUUUAAUUAAAUGGUUAAUGAAUAUACUGAAAUUUUAGAUUAACUUUUUGAUAUUGAUAACAAAGAAGAUGUAGUUAAAGAAUAAAUUAGAUUAAUGUUUUUUAAAGCAAAUUUAAAUAAUUUAUUAGAUUUUGUAAGUAAUUUAAUCAAUAAUAUUGUAAAUGAAUUUUUUACAAAUAUUGAAAAUUAUGAAUUGCUUUAUUUAAUAUUUUUAUUUAUUGAGUUGCUUAUCAUAAUUGUUGCAAUUUUAUUACAAUUUGCUCUUUGGAUAGAUCCUUAUGUCUAUAAAUAGAAAAUUCUUCUUAUGAUUUAAAGAGUUCAAGAAAAGGAAAUAGAUUUACUAUUACUUAAAUAUAAAUCUUAUAAGGAGAUAUUGUUAAAUGAUAUUAACAGAUGGAAACAAGUAAACUAUUUUAAAGAGUUCUUUACUUGUAGAAUUUCUUAAUUAAAAAAAAUAUAGAAUUUAAAAUAAUAACAUGAAAUUAAUAAAAAAUAACAAAAGUUAUAAUAGAGAGCUAAAAUCAACACAAGAAUUCAAGAAACUCAGUAUUCAGUAAUUCAUAUUUAUUUUAUGUUACUUUUUCUAUGGUUAGUAAUGACAUCAUUUGUAUUAUCCUCAUAUUUAUACUAAUACAUUAAUAUUACUAAUUCUUAUCCAGAACUCAAUUUGUGUAUGUAAUUUGUAAGAUUUAAAUAAGAAUUUGAUGCUACAAUGAUUAUUAGUUAAUUAAUGAAAAAUGCACCAUUAUUAAGUUAAUACUAAAGUCAAAGUGGAAUUUAUUCAAGAAAUCCUGAAUAUUUAAAAAAGGAUGGAUUCUUUAAAACUAAUAAUUAAUAAUUAUUGAGUCAAUUCAAAAGCAGUUAUAUAGCUGGAAAAAAUCAUUAUUCAACUAUUUAUUAGAAUAUUGUGGCAUCAACAAAAAUAAGUGAUACUAAUAAAAAUUUAUUAAUAGGAUUAUAUUAAAAUGAUUUAUGUAUCCAUAUUGCUUAAAAAUUACCUUUUUGUUCUUAUGAAAAUGGUAAAUUCACUUAUUUUCCUAAUUACCCUAUACCAGAAGAAAUCAAUAAUAAUAGAGAACGUCUUAAAUAAGGAUUUAAUGGAAUUUAUUAAGAGUAUAUAUAUAUUUAUAUUAAAAUUAUUUAGAGUUUCAUCAUUGUUUGCUAGUAAAUUUGUUAAAGAACUUAAUGGUGAUUUGGAAACAAAUAGUGAUGAAAUUAAGAAUUUUUUACACACACCAGAAUAUUCAUAAAUCUUAUUACCUUAUUUUUAUGAUUUAAAUUAGGCUAUUGAGUUAUUUUAUGAUACUAUCAUAGCCACAUCUGUAGACAUUUUGGAAUUGGAUUAUCAAAAUUAUUUGAUUUAUACUAUUAUAUAUGGGUUUAGUGUAUCAACUAUAUUGUUUUAUGUAAUAAUUUAUAAGACAAGGAGAUUGCAAAGAUAAAUCAGAGCAAUUCGUCAAGCAUUAAUAUUAUUACCACAUGAAAGUUUAUUGGAUGUUUAAGUUUAUAGUGCUAUAAAAAGAUUUGAAUAAGGAAUGUGA